CUUCCCAUGACGCGCCCCGAUAACAAACAAUCUAGUCGAAAACAGCCAUUGUUACCCACGCUUCGCUUGCUUCCCCAACUUCCCCAACUUCAACAGGGAGUUUCAUUAAGCAAAACGAGCAAGCUAUGAGUGUACCAUAGUUCUAUAUUUCUACUAUUUUUUAUACUCGAAGGCAACGCUUAAACAACAACUCCGAAACCUAGUGCAGAUCCAAACUCCGCCACCAACCGCCCACAAUCACAAUGGCCCGUCGAACCUCAUCGCGAGCAGCCAGCCAUGAUCAAGCUUCAUCGCCACCCAAGCCCGACGCUUCCAGGCGCACUGUUCGAAGCCCACAGAAACGUUCAACGCGCGCAACCCGCAGCCAGAGUCGAGAUCUUGAUGAACCUUAUGCGCCGGACCUGAGACAAGGCGGGGGUCGCAAUGAGAGGCAGGGCAGCGUGAAUAGUGUAGGCAGCGACGCUAGCACGGCGAACAAUAGUCGCGGAAAGAAGGUGCGCGGUAAUGCGCCGAUACAAACAGACUUAUCAAUGGUAGCUGAGGAUGAAGAAAUGCAAGAAUCGCUCCGAAAUGAAGCAGAGGCUCGGGAAUUUCCCAACGUUCACCAACAUCCAGAGCCUAUGUCAGGCCUUUCUGAAAUACCACAUCCAGCGCCUGCGGCUAAGAAAUCCCUUCUCCCUGCCGCUCAGAUCCGUAGUACCUCGCGAGGAAACAGUAACCCCAAGCGACUGACCGGCCUCAGCUAUCUCAUGUCCAAAAAGCCCCAGGCAAGUGCGGCACCGCCCUCGAACCAGCAACAACUACAGCAGCAAGUCGCCGCCGGUCCCUCAGCACCUAAAACGCCGCAGAAUAAUGUGACGCGCCAGCUACCCUUGACCGCCCCGGCGAAAACAUCACAGGAAGAACACCCAGAGGCGGAUGACAACAGGCCAUUCCAUUUCUCGAAUGAGGAUUUUGCAAAUAAGAUGACAGAAUAUGACGCAGAGAAGAACAAAGAAAACAGGCCUCUCCCUGCCGAGGCCAUCCCUCAAACGUUAGCAGCCACACUUCCUGCAAACCCUCAACGCAAGUCCUUCAUUGAGCGCCAACCCAGCGCCCAUAGAGUAUCUCAAAUCAGUGACUCCGACGCUGAUUCUCAGCCGGAACCCACGGCCAGGCAACACGCCAAGCGGGCACGAGAAGAGCCCGAAGAAGUGUCUGAACACGAGGUAGAAGCGGCUAUGGAUGAGGACGAAAUCUCGGAAGAUGAUGGCUUCGAGCAGGACCGCAAUCAACUACCUAGUCGCUUCCGAGAACCGCCACCCGAGGUCAUACAGGUCACAGGAGGUGCGCGCAAACGCGCAAGGAUUCCCAGCCGUGUCGUUUCGCACGGCCUGGCAGGGGAAGUACAGUCCAGGCAACCGCGCAUCGAGGCUACAGCAUCCAGAUUGCCGCAGCAGCCCAGUUCCAGCCGAGUGCAGGGUAGAAAUUCUGUCGUUUCUCCCAUCGAAGAGGAAUUGAACAAUGGAAUGAAGGCGUACCGUGAAGCGCAGCACCAAGCAACGCAGUACGAUGCAGCGCGAGAGAUGGCGGCGCAACAGGCGCAGGCGCGCCUGCUGAAUAUUGGUGCCCACAGACCGACCCAAAGGCGGACGAAGUGGACACAAGACGAAGAGGCCGGGUUCAUAGACCUGAUAGGACGGUUUGGGGUUGGCUGGGCAGCACUGCAUGCGAGAGGUCAGGCUGAGGGGAUAUUCGACGAAUGUCGGAACCAGGGAUCACUGAAGGACAAGGCUAGGAAUAUGAAAGUUGACUUCCUGAUUUCGGGGUCACCUCUCCCUUCGAAUUUUGACCUCAUCGCGAUAGGCCAGAAGGAGAGAGAUAAGGUGAUGAGCAGGGGUAGGAACCCCUAUCGCAAGGAAGGCGAGAUCGUGGGGCAAGAAGCUAUUGAUAUGGAUGGGCAACCCAGAGGUGUCUUUGACUGACCCCCUGUCUCUGUUGUAAGGUGUGCGAGCUGUGUGUCGUAUGACUACAGAGGGAUUCGGGUUGGGCGGAGUAGGGAGUUGGUCGCGUUUCUGUCUUUUCAAUAUACCCAGGAGGAUCACGAUUCCGAUGGAUGAGUUUCUUCCAUCGUUCACAAGUGGGCUCACGAGCCCGUUUUAUUUAUAUAUGAUGGCUUUCCUUCGCGUCUUUAUGGUUGUUUUGGAUGGCCCGGUACUGUUACGAUAUAAGGAGAGAGCCGCGUUGAUUGGGGGUAUAAUAAGUAUUUUGAUAUCAUAAUUACAAUCAACAUGGGGAGCUGGAGUCUUCCUUCUUUACAC